CUGUUUCCCUCUCACUAUUUCUUUCUCUCUCUCUCUGCCUGUCUCUCUCUUCCUCUUUCUCUCUCUCUCUGGGGAUGGGAGCAGGCACUGGUUAGGACAGUUUAUUUUUUUUCUUCUCUGAAGGUGUUUGUGCGUGUUUGUGGUGGUUGUUGUUGACUGGGCGCAUAUGUCAGUUGGUAUGUGUUUGACAUGAGGCGUUGGCUGCCUUUUGAAGGGUGUGUGUGGCUCUUUGUGCAACAUGCAGCACAUACCUUCCACUUUGACCCCUGUCACAUUGUGUUGGUGUCACCUGCACACCUUUCGGUCUCUGAAACACACACAUGCACACACAACCACACAUCCCAAAAAGAAAGGAGAAAGAGGCCAUUUACUUCUGUCAGAUCAGUCACAGGAAGUCUAAGAUGUCCCAUGUCGUGACCCGUGACGUGUAAAUGGCGUCCAAAGUGCGAGAUGCUGUUGUGUGGUACCAGAAGAAGAUCGGUGCAUAUGACCAGCAGAUAUGGGAGAAGUCUGUGGAACAAAGAGAGAUCAAGUUUAUUAGACUGGGUCUGAGGAACAAGCCCAAGAAGACUGGUCAUGUGAAGCCUGAUCUGAUUGAUGUGGACCUGGUCAGAGGGUCUGCGUUUGCCAAGGCCAAGCCAGAGAGCCCGUGGACGUCUCUGACCAGGAAGGGGCUGGUGAGGGUGGUUCUGUUCCCCUUCUUCUACCGCUGGUGGAUCCAGGUCACCUCCAGAGCCAUCUUCCUGCUGCUGCUCACCCUCUACCUGCUGCAAGUGGCAGCAGCCUUGCUGUACGCGUCAGUCCCCCUGACCCAUGGCAUCCCUGCCACCGAGGUGUUCGGUGCCACCUGGCUCAUGCUGUUGCUGGGCACCGUGCACUGCCAGAUCGUGUCCACGCGCACGCCCAAACCCACGCCCAGCAGCGGGGGCAAGAGACGCAGGAAGUUGAGGAAGGCAGCUCACUUGGAGGUGCAUAGGGAAGGAGAUGGCUCUAGCACUACCGAUAACACACAGGAGGGGGCGCCCCAGGCCCAAGGCUCCACCACAGCUUUCAACCUGGCGACUCUCUUCCAAGAUUUCUGGCAUGAUAUCUGUAAAGCAGGGUCUAAGAAGUCUAAGCUGUCCAUAGACAAGUCCACAGAGACAGACAACGGCUAUGUCUCAUUGGACGGCAGGGUGACCAGUAAGAGCAGCGAGGAGGGGCUUCAGCUCCAUGAGCCGCGAUGUGAUUUGCUGCUCCGCUCUGAGGAGACGUGCUGGAACGCCCCGCCCCCCCCUCGGAACCUACUGCUGCCCCCCAGCACCAAGGAGGCGUGUGUGGGCCCGCGCAGCCUGGACAACAUGUCGGACGAGGCGUCCAGCGAGGAGGACCCCGAGGCCUCUACCUACAGCCCCCUCCGCAGAGGCGUGGAGCGUGUGGGCAGUGACUGUACCCUGCGCAACAGGAAGGCCCAUCACUACAAGAAGCACUACGCUGCUGAGGAAGUGCCCAAGUCGGGGACGAGCUGCAGCUCGCGCUGCUCCAGCCUGCGGACGCAGGACUCGGAGAGCACGCGUCACGAGUCGGAGACGGAGGACGUGCUGUGGGAGGACUUCCUGCACUGCGCAGAGUGCCGCUCCUCCUGCACCAGCGAGACGGAGGGGGAGGGCGCGGCCAACGCCACCGCCGCAACCCCCCCCACUGCUGCCUGUCUGGCGGCCAAGAAGGAGUACCGGGAUGACCCCUUCCACCAGGGUCACGUGCCCUGGCUGCACAGCUCUAACCCUGGGCUGGAGCGCGUCAGUGCCAUCGUGUGGGAGGGCAACGAGUGCAAGAAGGCCGACAUGUCUGUGCUGGAGAUCAGUGGCAUGAUCAUGAACAAGGUGAACCUGAACCCUCCAGGGAUCGGCUACCAGGUCUUUGGCAACCUGGUGUCCGUCACUCUGAGCCUCACGCCGUUCGCCUACAGGCUGGCCCAGCACCGGGACCUGGAUCAGCUGACCUCGCUCUCGGCCCACGAGCUCGUCACCGCGGCGUUCGGCUCCUCCUCGGACGUCAUGGUGAUCACCAUGGUAACGGUCAGCUUCGUGGUGCGGGCCUGCCUCAUCUUGCUGUUCUUCUUCCUGCUCAGCGUGGCCGAGAGGACCUACAAGCAGAGGCUGCUCUUCGCCAAGCUGUUCGGUCACCUGACCUCGGCCAGGCGAGCCAGGAAGUCAGAGGUGCCUCACUUCCGCCUGAAGAAGGUCCAGAACAUCAAGAUGUGGCUGUCGCUGCGCUCCUACCUCAAGAGGCGGGGUCCCCAGCGCUCGGUGGACGUGAUCGUGUCUUCAGCCUUCCUCCUCACCCUCUCCGUGGUUUUCAUCUGCUGCGCCCAGCUGCUGCACGUCCACGAGACCUUUCUGGAGUGCCACUAUAACUGGGAGCUGGUGAUCUGGUGUUCGUCUCUGUCCCUGUUCCUGCUGCGCUUCGUCACGCUGGGCUCUGAGACCAGCAAGAAGUACAGCAACACCUCCAUCCUGCUGACAGAACAGAUCAACCUGUAUUUGAAGAUGGAGAAGAAACCAAACAAGAAGGAGGAUUUGACUUUGGUCAACAACGUUCUGAAGCUGGCCACCAAACUCCUGAAGGAGCUGGAUGCCCCGUUCCGGCUCUACGGUCUGACCAUGAACCCCCUGCUCUACAACAUUACCCAGGUGGUCAUCCUGUCCGCUGUGUCUGGGGUCAUCAGCGACCUGCUGGGCUUCAACCUCAAGCUUUGGAAGAUCAAAUCAUGACAUUAGGCUUAAGGCCUCUGGUCUUACUGAAGGGACUAUACCGCCUCCAGACACAAGGGGGCGCCGAUCUCCUCUGACUGGAGGUUCUGCAGCAGUGGACAGAGACCCCCUGCCCUCCUCUCAGACACAUCACAGUGGUCACAUGUUCUCACUUGUGCAAUUCAUAUAUUUAUUUUACCCUUUCAGUGUUUUUAGUUGUUUAUGUUUUAGAGGACAAAAUGUUUUGAAUUGUUUUUGUUGGAAAAAAAAAAAAAGUAUUAUUUUAAGCUACAGGAUUGUGUUCUCAGAGGGAAGACCGUUUGACG